AGACAAGAAGGGUAGAUUUGGAAAUGGAUGCAUUUUUUCAGGAGCAAUAGUGUCUAGAGAAUGCUACAUAAUUUCUCUUAUUUAUAGAACAGUUAAAAUGAGGCAACAGAGUUAGAAUGAACGUGGCAUGAGCAUGAGGUAAAGGCCAAGGAGCAUGAGGGAAAAAGUGUUGAUUACUGUGAGAGAGAAAUAGAAAAACUGAAAUUCAUGCUAUCUAAGAAACUGCAAUGGGAAUCAUUUUUUAAAGAUGAUUAUGAUUUAGAUUUUGGAAACAUAAUGGAGGAAGCUAGAACAAGAUGGCUCCGCCCAAAUGAAAUUCAUGCAAUACUCUGUAACUACAAGUAUUUCGUCAUUAAUGUGAAGCCAGUACACUUACCCAAAAGUGGUACUAUUGUGUUAUUUGACCGUAAGAAGCUCAGGAACUUCCGAAAAGAUGGCCAUAAUUGGAAGAAGAAGAAAGACGGCAAGACCGUGAAAGAAGCUCAUGAACAUUUAAAAGUUGGUAAUGAAGAAAGGAUUCAUGUGUACUAUGCACAUGGUGAAGAUAACCAAACCUUUGUUCGCAGGUGUUAUUGGCUACUGGAUAAGACUCUGGAACACAUAGUUCUUGUCCACUAUCGUGAAACUCAGGAGUUUCAGGGUUCUCCAGUCACACCUAUGAAUUCAAAUUCUAGUUCAAUCUCUGACCAGUCUCCUUGGCUUAUAUCAGAAGAAUUUGAUUCUGGAGCUGGUAAUGCAUAUCAUACUGGCGAAAAAGAGCAUCUAGGGCCUACUGACAAUUUAACUGUCAGAAAUCAUGAAAUGAAGCUUCAUGAGAUUAAUACACUUGAUUGGGAUGAGCUUGUGAUGAAUGAUCCUAACAAUUCGCCCAUGCCUAAAGGAGUUGAAGAUGGGAUUGUGGGCUUUGACCGACAGAAUCAAAUUGCAGUGAAUGGGUCCGUGAGUGAUGGUAGUUCUCUUCCAAUCUACAAUUUGUCUGCAGAAAUUUCUUCUUUGGAUAACUUAACUGAGGUUAUUUCAAGGAGCAACAAUGCUCACUUCAAUAGUCCAGGUGAUACCUACAGUAAGUCAACGAGUGUCCAAAUAAAUUCAAAUGCACAGAACAAGGAUUCUAUUGUCCCAGGGACUGGUGAUUCUUUGGACUUGUUGGUUAAUGACGGUUUGCAAAGUCAGGAUAGUUUUGGAAGGUGGAUAAACUCCAUUAUAGCUGAGUCUUCGGGUUCUGUAGAUAAUCCUUUGCUUGAAUCGUCAAUUUCAUCUGGUCAUGAUUCAUUCACUGCCAUCGAUCAACUUCAAUCUUUUGUUCCUGAACAAAUGUUUGUCAUCACUGAUAUCUCCCACACGUGGUCCUUUUCAACGGAAACAACAAAGAUCCUAGUAACUGGAUACUUCUUACAUUCUUUUUUCUUUUUUUUAAUGCAGAUCCUAGUAACUGGAUACUUCCACGAACAGUAUCUACACCUAACCAAGUCUAAUCUGGUUUGUGUGUGUGGAGAUACAUGCAUUCCUGCAGAAAUUAUUCAGGCUGGGGCAUAUCGAUGUUUGGUCCCACCACAUUCCCCAGGAUUAUCAAACCUGUUUUUGAGUUUGGAUGGCCAUAAACCCAUAAGCCAAGUUUUAAAUUUUGAGUAUCGUUCUCCGCUCCAUCAUCCUGUGGAUUCUUCUAAAGACAAAGCUGAUCCUCUGGUUUCUUCAGAAGACAAACCCAACUGGGAAGAGUUCAAACUUAAGAUGAGUCUUGCUUUUUUGCUUUCCUCUACAUCCAAGAGCCUUGACGUUCUAACUAGUAAGGUAUCACCAACUGCCCUGAAGGAAGCUAAGAAGUUUGCCCACAAAAUUUCUGACAUUUCCAAUACUUGGGCAUAUUUGAUGAAGUCCAUUGAGGACAACAGAGUUCCAUUUCCACAAGCAAAAGAUGUUCUAUUUGAACUUACUUUGAAGAAUAUGCUAAAAGAAUGGUUGUUGGAAAGAGUUAUUCAGGGCUGUAAAUCCACUGAAUAUGAUGCUCAAGGUCGAGGAGUAAUCCAUUUGUGUGCUAUUCUUGGGUAUACUUGGGCUAUUUAUUUAUUUUCAUGGUCAGGCUUAUCAUUGGAUUUUCGGGAUAAACGUGGAUGGACAGCUCUUCAUUGGGCAGCAUAUUAUGGAAGGGAGAAGAUGGUCGCAGUUCUCUUAUCUGCAGGGGCAAAGCCAAACUUGGUCACAGACCCCACUUCAGAAAACCCUGGGGGACGCACUGCUGCUGAUCUUGCUUAUGAAAAUGGUUAUGAUGGCUUAGCAGCUUAUCUGUCAGAAAAGUCUUUAGUAGCACACUUCAAGGAUAUGUCUAUAGCCGGCAAUGCCAGUGGCAUGCUGCAAUUAAGUGCAGCUGAAACAGUAAACUCUGAGAACCUGAAUGAGGAGGAUCUAUAUCUGAAGGAUACUUUGGCAGCUUAUCAAACAGCCGCUGAUGCAGCUGCACGCAUACAGGCUGCAUUCAGAGAACACUCCUUCAAAAUACGGACCAAAGCAGUUGAGUUUGCAAAUCCAGAGGAUGAAGCACGAAAUAUAAUUGCAGCAAUGAAGAUUCAACAUGCCUUUCGCAACUUUGAUACACGGAAAAAGAUGGCAGCUGCUGCCCGCAUCCAGUUUAGGUUUCGUACAUGGAAAAUGAGGAAGGAAUUCCUUAAUAUGCGUCGUCAAGCUGUUAGAAUUCAAGCUGCUUUCCGGGGCUUCCAAGUGAGAAGACAGUACCGUAAGAUAGUCUGGUCAGUGGGAGUGGUUGAAAAGGCAAUUCUGCGAUGGCGUUUGAAGAGAAAAGGCUUUCGUGGACUCCAUGUUAAUCCUGUUGAAACAGUUGAAUAUGGGAGGCAGGAAAGCGAUCCAGAGGAAGACUUCUAUAAAGCCAGCCGGAAACAAGCUGAAGAGCGGGUUGAAAGAUCCGUUGUACGGGUUCAAGCCAUGUUUCGUUCAAAGAAGGCACAAGAGGAAUAUCGGAGGAUGAAAUUGGCCCAUAACCAAGCAGAGCUGGACUAUGAAGAGCUCCGGGACCAUGAUAUGAACUUUUAACUAAGUUGAUUGCAAAUGCAGAUUGACUUGGUAGUUUCGCCAUUAUUAAUAUUAAUGACAUGCAUAUAUGCAUAAAAUGCUUGUAGUGUAGGUUCAUUAUCUUUAGGUUAAUUUCUAGUGUAAUCUGGUCUUGCCCGUUUUACCCUUUUGUACUAUGUUAAUAUCUUGGGAGGUUCAUUAUUUGUCCGAACCACCAGUUGAAGGUUCAAAUUCUCUUAUCUUGAACUCUGUACAUAAAAUACACUGGAAUGAUUUGUAAACUUUGUUGCAACCUAACCAAGUUCAAUAUCAAAAAUAGGUAAGAUGUUGCCACCAGAGAGUCAAAGGUAGGACCAUCUUUUUCAUUA